GAUUGCUAUUUAGCAGGAGCAAUUUAUGUAAUACUUCAAAAUGCCACAAGGAGAUGGUGCUGCAGUCGCAGUGCCUAAUAAUCAAAACAUUGUUGUGCCUCACAUUCCUAGUCUGGCUGGUGCGAUAGGACCGGUGUUAAAUAACAAUAACAUGAAUAUAGCUAGAAAUAAUAAUAAUCAAAACCCACUGAUUAAUGUGCGGGAUCGAUUGUUUCACGCGUUAUUUAUCAGAGUGGCGCUAAUGUACGCACGAACAUUUCCAAGGCCUGUCAGGAGAUUUAUAGAAUUUAUUGUGCUUUUAAAGGCUAUAGUGGCAUUUUUUGUAUUGGCUUAUAUCCAUAUAGUAUUUUCACGAGCACCAACUAAUUGUUUAGAGCAUAUAAGAGAUGAAUGGCCACGAGAUGGUAUAUUGAGAGUCGAAAUUCUUAAGAAUGGCGGUGAUGAUUACAAUAUAGAGAAAAGUUAUGCUAAAGAGGAAAAAUUGAAGCAAGACAAAGUUGAUGAUUUAGUUGGCCCUUUGGAAAUAUUAACUAGAGAUGGAUUUAUAAACAUUGAACCUUCGGCCGUAGACGAGGGACGAGAUACUGUGAACGUCUCUGACGAAGAGAAUCGUGGGAAUGUAACAUUACCUCAGCAAGAUACGAUUAUAAGUAGUCCCACAGUUCCUGGAGAGGUAGAAAACCCUAAUUUAAGUACAACGAAUGCAACGAUGAACCCACCGUUAUCCACCGUACUUUGGAGCGGUUUAAACGUGGCCAAAAAAACGUUAUCUGACGAAGAGUUGUCUUUUGCAAAAACAGAGGGUAAUUCGACAGCAGUACCUGAUGCUAAUAGCUCGACUGAAGAUAAUGUUAUAGAGCCGUUAAAAGAUCGCACAUUGGACGAUAAAACGACUAAAGAUGGUUACAUUGUGGAAUAUUCGUUAGAAUACGGUUUCUUGCGAUUAUCGCCGGCAGCUCGACAAAGACUAAAUAUCCCGGUGAAGAUUGUCACUUUGGAUCCACUAAAUGAUAAAUGCUUCGGCGAUGCCUUUUCACGAAUGAUCCUGGAUGAAUUUUUGGGCUAUGAUGAUUUGUUGAUGUCAAGCAUCAAAACUCUAGCUGAACAUGAAGACAACAAAGGUUUCCUACGGAAUGUGGUAACCGGAGAACAUUACCGAUUCGUCAGCAUGUGGAUGGCGCGAACUUCCUACCUCGCCGCGUUCUUCGUCAUGCUCGUGUUUACGGUGUCGAUUUCAAUGUUGCUGCGGUACUCGCAUCACCAGAUCUUCGUCUUCAUCGGUGAGUGUCAAAACAGAUACAUCAGGCUUUCUCAGUUUAUCUGCGUGUAGAAUGCGCUGCCGGAUCGCGUCCAUUAAUUAACACGGAAUUGUCGUUAUAGUGCACAACCGGCGCGCUUAAAGUGAUUAUCUCGCAACAAUAUUAAUCAUCGAAAAGUUUAGCCACGAUGAAAAGGAAAAAUUGAAUAAUAUACAAGGUGUAAAUGAAAUAUACAAGAUGUCCGACAAUUCGUUAUGCAACCGCAGUAUACAGGAACUCAUUAAACUGAACACACUAUUCCUCUACCAUUUCGCAAACAACCAUGUAAAAUUUUGAGUUAUUAAUCAAAGAAGAUAGAUGAAUGAUGAAGAUAAGUAAAUGCGCGUGAUUUGAUGAAUAAGCUGUGAUGGUCAUGUCUACCGUCGCUUAUACAUUAGAUCGUGUGCUUAUACAUUAGAUCAAACUGAAAAAGAAAUUCUUUACUGUUUUGCAAAUGACUACGUAGAUUUUUAGUUAUUAAUUAAAGAAAAUUGGUGUAUGAUUAUCCGCAAUAAUGCAUGAAUCUUUUUAAUUAAUAACUCAAAAUUUUACGUGGUUGUUUGCAAAAUGGUAGAAGAAUUUUGUGUUCAGUUCAAUAGGUUUUACCUGUAUACUGCGCCUACAUAACGAAUUGUCGGACAUUUUAUAUAACAUCACAUAUCUCUCUCUCUCUCUCUCUCUCUCUCUCUCUCUCUCAUGCUCUUUCUUUCUCUUCCCUCUCGCAUCUCGUACGUGCAUGUACGCAUACAUACAUACAUACACAUAGCUUAUCUCACAUGUUAUAAAGUACGUUAUCUAAUAUUUUUUAAAUUAAAUUGAAAGUAAAAAUGCGAUACUAUCAUUAGUAUAGUACAGGGAAGCACAUGUUAAAAACAUGUGUAAAUAUUUCAAUUUUCAAGUGGUUUAUCUUUUUUCUAAUUGCGUAAGCAGUCAAACAAAUUUUAAUUGAUAUUUGUAGUCAGAGUUUCAGCGAAUUUUUAAGAUAUAUAUUUCACGAGACAAUUUUAUCUUAAGAAUUUUAUCAAGUUUCUGAUUGGCACAGAGACAAUUUUAUCAAGUUUCUGAUUGGCACAGAGACAAUUUUAUCAAGUUUCUGAUUGGCACAUUUUGCUUUUGAGUUUUACCUUCAUUAUUCAAUCGAACAACGCUCUUUGUUUCCUAAUGAAUUCGGCUACUCAAAAUUCACACGAUUUUGCGAAUAUGUCGAAAUUAUUACGGACUCGUUAGCUUAAUUGCAAUCAAUUAAUUAAUCAGAUGCUUAUAGAGCAGCACGCGUAUCUUUUCGUGAUCUUUUUCAUGCGAAUUCUGGCAACAAGGUGGAUUUAAAGUCCAUAGAUUUAUCAGUGGCGACAAUUGAAUGAAGAUUCUUCAAAUACAAUAAUUUGAGUUUUUACAGGCUAUCUGUGCAUGAGUCAUCAUUAAAAUGCAAAAAUUAUUGAGACUAAUCGGUGAAUCUUUAUCUACUCGCAGCUAGACAUUGAAAAACAUUUACUUUUGCACAACACGAUUUAGCAAGCUCGCUAUGAAGUCACAUAAAUUUUAAUAAUAUUAAUUUUAUUAUCAUAUAUAAAGGACGCGCAUUUAAAAGAAAAAAAAUAUUUCGAAAAACAUGUUUAAAAUUUCACGAUGCGGAAUUGUUGUACAAGAUAAAUAUUUACGCUAAUUCACAGUUUCUGAUGUGAAUUUUGAAAUCUUUUAUCGUUUUCAUCACAUAAUGAGUAAUACUUUAAUUAAUUUCUGCACAUUUUUUCAUUGUGUAGAAACAUUUUGUAAUUCUGCAUUUUAUAACCAAUACAAUAUAAACUAUUCAGAAAAAUAUUAGUAUUUUUAAAUACAAUAAUGUAUUUUUAAAUACUAUAUGUUAAAAUAAAGUUUUCAAAUAUGGCAUUCCUUUAAGAGUUCUCAAACUCUCUCUGAAACUUGUCCCAUAUGAAAUGUUCGCCUGUAUGAAGUUAGCCCCCCACUUUUCGAAUUUAUUAAUUUUGACAGUUGUGCUGAUUUGUGCUAGGUUUGUGCUACAUUGUGCUCGAAUUAUAAAUUU